AAAUCCAAGCGGUAGUCAACACACGGGUUCCAUCUUUGCUUUUUUAACAAACGACGUCUGCAACAACGGUGAUUCACUAUAAACAUAGAGAACGAAAAUGGAGCUUAAACCUGGCUUAUCUGCUUUGAUCACUGGUGGAGCUACUGGGAUCGGUAAAGCUUUGAGCUUAGCUUUGGCGGGGAAAGGGAUAUUUGUGACAGUUGUGGAUUUCUCUGAAGAAAAAGGGAAGGAAGUUGCAUCUUUAGUUGAGAAAGAGAAUUCCAGAUUCCAUGAAAACUUGCAGUUUCCUUCUUCAAUUUUUGUCAAAUGCGACGUUACUAAUCCAGGAGAAAUAACUUCAGCAUUUGAGAAGCAUGUGGCGACAUAUGGAGGAUUGGAUAUUUGUAUCAACAACGCCGGCGUCGGUAGCCCAGUACUAUUUACGGAGGAUCAAACUGAUGGGACUAAGACGUGGAGGCGCACCAUUAAUGUCAACCUCGUUGCAGUUAUUGAUUGUACUCGCCUUGCAAUUAAAACGAUGCAAGCUCUGCAAAAGCCAGGGGUGAUAAUUAAUAUGGGAUCCUCUUCUGGUCUUUACCCAAUGUAUAUGGACCCCAUUUACUCCGGCUCAAAAGGAGGUGCUGUCCUGUUUACUAGAUCACUAACUCCUUACAAACGUCAAGGGAUACGUGUCAAUGUUCUUUGCCCUGAGUUUGUUCGAACAGAGAUGGGAGAAAAGGUGGAUUCCAAACUUAUUUCUCUAAUGGGAGGCUAUGCUCCAAUGGAAAUGGUGGUGAAAGGUGCUUUCGAGCUGAUCGCGGAUGAAAGCAGAGCUGGUUCUUGCCUAUGGAUUACAAACCGCAGAGGAUUGCAGUAUUGGCCCUCUCUUACUGAAGAAGCAAAAUACUCUGUUCGUUACUCCUCAAGUUCCCGGAACAACAAAAUCUCGUUCCAAGCUCCUUUAACUUCCCAACUUCCUCAGAAUUUUAAGAAACUUGUUGUGCAUACCUUGAGUCACCAUUUUCGUGAUGCAACCUAUGUAAUACGUGCGCCAUUGAAACUCCUUCUUGAAUCAGACCAAGUUCUUCUGAAAGUCAUUUAUGCCGGUGUAAACGCUGGUGAUGUGAACUAUAGCGCAGGUCGGUAUUUUAAAGGAAACAAGAAAGACCUCGGCUCCCUUCUUCCAUUUGAUGCUGGAUUUGAGGCAGUGGGAAUAAUUGCCGCUAUCGGAGAUUCUGUAAGAAAUCUGAAAGUUGGAACUCCUGCUGCAAUCAUGGGUUUUGGAUGUUAUGCUGAAUUCAUGAAGGUUCCUUCAAACCACAUACUUCCCAUUCCAAGACCUGUUCCAGAAGUUGUUACUUUGCUUACUUCAGGAUUAACAGCAUCAAUUGCUUUGGAAGAGGUUGGUCAGAUGAAAUCCGGAAAGGUUGUCCUUGUAACUGCUGCUGCUGGAGGGACUGGGCAAUUUGCAGUCCAGCUUGCAAAACUGGCGGGAAAUCAAGUUGUUGCGACUUGUGGAGGAAAUGAAAAGGCAAUGCUUUUGAAAGAAUUGGGGGUCGAUCGAGUCAUAGACUAUAAAACUGAAGAUGUCAAAACUGCUCUCAAGGAGUUUCCAAAAGGAGUCGACAUUGUGUACGAAUGUGUUGGUGGGAACAUGUUUGACUUGUGCCUUAAUGCUUUGGCUAUCCGUGGACGACUCAUUGCGAUAGGAAUGAUCUCUCAGUAUCAAGGGAAGCAAGGAUGGAUUCCAUUAAAUUACCCUGGACUAGUUGAGAAGCUUUUGGCCAAAAGUCAAGCUGUGGCUGGCUUUGUCCUGGUACAGUAUAGCCAUUUCUGGAAAGAACACCUUAUUAGGCUCUUUCAUCUUUACUCUUCAGGAAAGCUUAAGGUUGUAAUAGACCCAAAAAGAUUUUCGGGUUUGGAUUCGGUUGCAGAUGCUGUUGAGCAUUUGCAUUCGGGUAAAAGUACCGGCAAGGUUGUCAUUUGCAUUGAUCCAAGCUUUGAACAUCAAAUGGCUAAGUUAUGAAUCGAAGCUGACGAGAUCAUCGUUCAUCCCUUCCUGGUAAAGUGUUAAACUAUUUUCGACUCGUAUAGGAAAUAUACUCGUACAAGGAUGGGAGAAUUAAGCUCACAGAGAAUGGUUACUUGGUUUGAAUAAAGAACCACAAGAUGGCAUCUUGUGUUGUUGGGUUUUUUUUUUUUUGGUAUUGUAUCUGUA